AUGUCACUAGCUGGCCUCAGAAAGCAGUUCAACAAAGCUAAUCAGUUUGUGAGUGAGAAAAUUGGUGGUGCGGAAGGUACAAAACUGGACGAUGAAUACGUUGAAAUAGAAAGGAAAGUGGAUACAAUCUCCAAGCUAUUCGAAGAUCUUAUGACACAAACACAUGAGUUUCUUCAACCUAAUCCAGCCUAUCGAGCUAAAUUAAUGACAAUGAAUACACUGAACAAAUUACAAGGAAAAUCAAAGAAUGCAUCAUAUCCUCAACCUGAAAACCAAUUGGGUGAAUGUAUGAUAAAAUAUGGUCGUGAUUUGGGUCCUGAUUCUUGUUAUGGUCAGUGUCUUGUACAAGCUGGUGAAUCAUUUAAGUGCCUAGCGGAUAUUAAAUACACUAUGGAGGAACAUGUGAAAGAAAACUUUUUAGAUCCACUGCACAGUGUACAAAACCAUGAAUUGAAAGAAAUCACCCAUCAUCGGAAAAACUUGAAGGGCGAAGAUCGAAGUGCAAGUAAUUCUAGGUUACCUGAAGAUGAGCUAAAAAUUGCUGAGGAAAAAUUCCAAGAAUCAAAGUUAUUGGCUGAACAAGCUAUGAUCAAUUUCUUGAAUAGUGAAAUUGAUCAAGUGCAAGCCUUAACCGAGUUUAUAACAGCACAAGCUGAUUAUCAUCGUCAAGCUACAGAUAUUAUGGAACAAUUGAGGAAAUAUCUCAUCGACAAAAAAGAUGAGACAAACACAAAACCACGUAAAUCACAUGAACCUAAGCGUAUUUCAGGCACACUGAAUCAUGACACUAGUAAUAAGAGUCCAUUGAAUAGUGCUCUCAGUACCCCGGCUAAAAAUGGUCCAAGUCCACGUUCAACAAAAGAUGUACCCGUACUGGGACCAUGUUGUAGAGCAUUGUUUGAUUUUGAAGCUGAGAAUGAUUCUGAAUUACCAUUCUCUGAAGGUGAUAUUAUCAGUCUUAUACUUCGAGUUGAUGAGAAUUGGUUUGAAGGUGAAUUGAACGGUCGUAAAGGUUAUUUUCCAGUUAAUUAUGUUGAAGUUAUCAAUCCAUUACCAUAG